CAGACCGGAGCAGAUGGUGGGGGGGUGCAGGCAGAGCAAGCCCCUCCCCCUCCCAGAGAGCAGCUCUAGCGGUCAGGGAGCAGCAGCAGCAGCAGCAGCCGCAGCCUCGGUGCCUCGAGUCCGCAGCGUCAGCCGCUCCUCCACCGCUCGGCCCUCUCGCUCCCUCUCCUCUCUGACUCAGCUCUCCAUCGCCAUCCCCGUGUCUGCAGGUGGCUGUUUGAGGUCAGUCCCUGAGAGCAGAGUCCGCCUCUCUCCAUCGCCGCUCAUCCUCGGUCAUGGCGAGCGCCUUGAUCAGCCGUCAGCUUGCUCUCUGCCUGCAGAAGAACUUAUGGCUCGGCUCUACAGGCUGCAGGUACGUCAGUAAGGCAGCGGCAAAGACGCAGGUGGAGUUUGACUAUGAUGGACCCUUAAUGAAAACUACAGUCCCAGGGCCUCGAUCACAAGAGCUCACAAAACAACUGGGAGACAUUCAGAAUGUCGGUGCUGUCAACUUCUUCUGUAACUAUGAGGAGAGCAGAGGAAACUACUUGGUGGACGUGGACGGAAACCGCAUGUUGGACAUCUACACGCAGAUCUCCUCCAUUCCCAUCGGCUACAACCAUCCUGCUCUGCUCAAGCUGAUGGCCAACCCCAACAAUCUGAGCACCAUCGUAAACCGACCUGCGCUUGGAAUCCUGCCGCCGGAGAACUUUCCAGAGAAAGUAACUGAAAGUCUUCUCUCGGUGGCUCCCACUGGAAUGACUCGCGUUCAGACGAUGGCCUGUGGCUCCUGCUCCAACGAGAACGCCUUCAAAUCCAUAUUCAUCUGGUACAGAAACAAGGAGCGGGGCCACAACACACCAUCUGAAGAAGACAUGAGCUCCUGCAUGAUCAACCAGGCCCCCGGCUGCCCAGACCUCAGCAUCCUGUCCUUCACCGGAGCGUUUCAUGGAAGAACGCUGGGUUGCUUGGCAACAACUCACUCCAAAGUGAUCCAUAAGUUGGAUGUGCCGUCGUUUGAUUGGCCGAUAGCUCCGUUUCCCAGACUCAAGUAUCCUCUGGAGGAGUUCAGCAGAGAAAACGCUCAGGAGGAGGCUCGCUGUCUGGAGGAGGUGGAGGACCUGAUCGUGAAGUGGAGGCAGAAGGGGAAGCCGGUGGCAGGAAUCAUCAUUGAACCCAUUCAGGCUGAAGGGGGAGAUAACCACGCCUCCCCAGACUUCUUCAGAAGCCUGCGCAGCAUCGCGCGCAAGCAUGGCUGUGCUUUUCACGUGGAUGAGAUCCAGACCGGCGGCGGCUGCACAGGAAAGUUCUGGGCCCAUGAGUACUGGGGGAUGGACGACCCCGCUGACAUCGUGUCCUUCAGUAAGAAGCUGCUGACCGGCGGGUACUACCAGAAGGAGGAGCUCCAGGCCGAUAAGCCGUACCGCAUUUUCAACACCUGGAUGGGGGACCCCUCAAAGAACCUGCUGCUGGUGGAAGUUCUCAACGUGAUCCGCAGAGAGAAUCUUCUGGAGGAAGUGGCGCGUUCUGGCAAAGCUUUGCUGAACGGCCUCUACGAGCUGCAGGCUCAGUACCCCGGCCUGCUGAGCCGAGCUCGAGGACAGGGGACGUUCUGCGCCAUCGACGUGAAGGACUCGGCCACCCGAGACAGACUGCUGCUACAGGCCAGAGACAAAGGCGUCCUUCUGGGAGGAUGCGGCGACGUGUCCAUCCGUUUCCGUCCUGCGCUCGUCUUUAAGGAGUACCACGUCCACAUCUUCCUCAACAUCUUCAACGACAUCCUGGCUCUGAACAAAUAGAUCUCCGUCCCAGCGGAACCUGACUGGAUCUACAUAGGACCCAAUAAAAUGGAGGGAGGGAAUCAGGCCGUCACCAGAAGCACAAUGGACACAUCUCCUUCAAACACAUUUAAAACUGGAACUUUCUUUGGACUCUAGAGCUUCUUUAACGUCUUUUUUCUCACUACGUCGUCCAGACUUUGUGCCAGAGGAGCCAUUUUCAAGCAGAAGAUGCUUCGUAGAACUACAUCGACUGAUCUUGUUCAGCUGGAUGGAUGUUGUUCCCCAGAGUCGGACCAGACUGUCAGUCAACACCAGCAGCACAUGGACACGUUCUCGCUAAAGAAGCAGAUCUACAUGAACUAGAUCCGCCCUGUUUCUAUUCGCCCACUUUGGCCUCAUCAGGCUUUUAAUGAUAGUUUCACAUUCUUAACUCUGCUCUACUGUUAUGACUUCAGUCCCGUUAAUUAAAAGCGAUGUUUUCUGGCCCCUGAGGGCCCCAUAUCUCGCCCUGAGGGGCCGGAUUUUGCCCG